CAAAUCCUCCCCAGCACAUUACAGUAACAGCUGUCACAUCCAAUCAGAUUUCAGUAUCGUGGGCUGCCCCAGAUUCUACCCAGAAUGCUCUGUUUGAGAAAUAUAUUGUGCGCUGGGUGGAUGUAGCCUCCGGCAGAGGCCGUUCGGCUGAGUUAGACAAGAUGAAUCUGAGCGCUGUGAUUGGUGGGUUAAAGGCCUGUCAGACGUAUAGGAUUACGGUGGUGUCAGUCACAGCUCAAGGUGUGGAGAGCUCUGAGAGUGCGACGCUGACUGUCACCACAGCGGUCAGUCCUCCACGCAGGAUCUCGGUUGAGGCUCUUGGUCUGGACAACAUGACCGUGUGCUGGUGGCCUUCGCUGGAUAAAGAAGUGAAAGAAUAUUACAUCCAUCUCCGCUCACAAACCAAACGAGCCCAGACUAGAGAAUUAUGGGUAAAUGGCUCGUCCUGCAUCACUCUUACCAUGCUCACACCUGGUGGUACCUAUGAAGUGGGCGUGGCUGCAAAGAGGGGCGGGAACAUGAGUGCGGAGAUCACCGUGCAACAGACACUAAAACCUGACAGCGUCCAGAUAGCCAUCCCGGUGGCGGUCGGCACACACUCCAUGGAGCUUUUUGUGCAGAUGCCCAGGAACAGCGUUUAUGAUGGCAUCACUGUAACAUAUGGGAGCAGUCUUCUUCAGAGGGCAGUGACUGAAGAUAGCAUUAAAGUGUUGGUGGACAACUUAAAUCCAGGAGCGCAAUAUGACUUCCAUGUGUUUGUGACCAGCAGUGAUAUAAGAAGUGAAGGUUUUGCUCUGCCACCUGUCAGAACCUGUUUGGCUCCUCCCACACAUGUGCGUGCUGGUGUUGUGACUGACAGCUCCAUAGAGUUGGUAUGGGACAGAGCUGCGGGUGAUGUUCAUCAGUAUGAGGCGCUGUGUUUGAACUGCGCUGAUACGGUCAUGGUACAGAAGGUUGGGGAUACCAGAGCAAUAUUUAAAGAUAUAAUCGCUGGGAAACUCUGUAACUGUUCAGUCCGGACAGAGAAGGAGUUUUUCGGAGACAGUCCAGCAGUGAUGACUGCGAUCAGAGCUGCUCCCAGUUCAGUCACUUUGCUCCCAGUGGAAAGGUCAUCGGCAUCCCUGACCGUGCGCUGGAGGGCAGGCCGGGGGGUUUGUGACUCAUUCAUUCUGUCCAUCAGAAACUCAACCUUUAUCCUGCACACCAAUCUGAGCGUGUCUGAUGAAGGAACGUAUCACCUUGAAAACCUGUUACCUGGAGGUGUGUAUGUGAUUGAAGUGAGCAGCGUUAGUGGAGACAGGCGAAGUUUACCUGCAACGACAACUGUUGUCACAUUUCCAGAACCUCCUGGUGACAUCAUUUUCAUUGAACAGGAAAUGAACAGCAUGUAUGUCAUAUGGCCACGCCCACCAGGCAGAGUGGAUGGGUACAGGUUUCAGUAUGGGCCUGCAGGUAAACCUCUCGGACCCCUGACUGAUCUCCAUGACAACAGUGUCAGGAUUCAUGGCUUAACACCAGGAAGUGAUUAUAGGUUUGAGAUCCAGUCCUUCCUGGGGUCAGAUUUCAGCCAGACCACAUCCAAAAACUUCUCUACUCGUCCAGCUGGUGUAUGUUCGUUGUCUCAGUCUCGAGCUAAUAUCACGACUGCUACAGUGACAUGGGAAUCUGCACACGGCUAUUUUGACUUUUAUAGGGUGACCGUCAGUAACAUCUCUCACAACUGGACAUUAGACUUGAGUCCUCACGUACAGGACGUCACCAUCAGUGACCUGCGGGCCGGCUGUUCAUACAACACCACUGUACAGCGAUUCAGAAACAGACUGAGCGGCACUGCUGCCACACUCACCAUACAGACAGUUCCUGCCAGUCCUGAGGGUUUGCAUGUGCUAAGCGUGUCGCCGCGUGAUUUCUCCAUCCGCUGGUUGGCAUCGCCUGGCUGUGAUAAAAACGACCUGGUCCAAGUGGUUCCUGACCAGGGCGAAAUUAACAUCACGACCACAACAGACAACUUCAUCCAGGCUCAGGUCUCCGGCGUAACACCCGGCACAUCAUACACAGUCACUGUGGGUGCGGUGGCCUCAUCCGGGCUCAGCUCACCUGUCAGUCGAAUACUGGUCACCACCAAUGAAUCCUUACCCGCUGCCCCCUCUAAGCCGGAGGGGGAAAGGGUGGGCUCCACUGGAAUCCUUCUGUCCUGGCGGAUGCCCAUGCCCCCCGACCCCACCAUUCAUUCAUUCGUCAUCAGAUACAAGGAGAUGUGUCCUUAUCCUGAAUCAACCUUUACUGAGAUCAACAAGAACCUGGACAUCCCAGAAACCCUGUUGAACACACUUACCCCUGGAGCUACAUACAACAUUAAGGUCGCAGCAGUAAAUAAAGCAGGAAUGGGACCUUUCAGUCAGUCUCUGUACUACAAAACUGCAGAGGCCCCUCCUGGUUUGGUUUCAAACCUCUCGGCGCAACCCGAGGGUCACAUGUCGGCUUUGCUGACGUGGUAUCUUCCUAUACGCAUUAAUGGGCUCAUCACUAAGUUCGCCGUGAAAGUCAAGCAUGCCCGAACUGGCCAGAUCGCCCGCACCCUGGAGCUUAAUGCAGAGGAAAUCAUGAACGGAGCCUUGCCUCACUGCAAUGAUGCGGCAGACAUCUUAUCUCGUGGUACCCCAAGUCCGGCUGAAUCCACUCAGCUGACCUCUGCCGUGUUGCCAACGGUUACGCUCUCAGCUGUCCCGCCUGCCUCCAGCUGGAGUGUUCCAAUCAGUGUGAAAAUUAAUGAGCUCCGCCCCUACACACCUUACGUGUUUGAGGUCUCCGCCUUCACGAGUGACGGGGAGGGGCAAAUCGCCAGUACAAUGGUCCGCAUGCCCGAGGCCGCACCUGAAGAUCCUCCACAAAACAUUUUGGUGAAGAACAUCACAUCCAGAUCUCUGUCUCUAACUUGGGAGCCUCCGAAGAUCAUCACUGGACGCUUCAGUUACGUCAUUCAGCUCCAAAGCCCAGCAGGGUUAAUAAGUGAGAACAACACAUUCGAACUGACGUUUACUUACAAUGGACUGACUCCUUACACAUUAUACUACAUCUAUCUCAUGGCCAAAUCAGCAGGAGCCACAGGACCGGCAGCAGUGAUCAACGUUACAACACUAGCAGAAGCCCCCAGUGCUGUGUCUAAUCUGAUAGUGGAUUCUGUCGACUCAACAUCUGUACGUCUGUCAUGGAAAACCCCAAGUCAACCGAACGGACUCAUCACACACUAUAGGAUCCUAGUGUGGCAUUACGAUACACUUGUACAGGAUAUCACCCUGCGAGGACGGAACGCCACUCAACCGAUGCGUCGAAAUGCAAGAUCACUUCCCGAGAUCACAACAGGAACUGUCUUUACUUUGACUCCAAAUGAAACCUCUUCUACGUUGGGCUUCGGUUUAACCCGUGAUGACCAAACAAUCACUCAAAUGACCUCUGAUCUUCCUAUGACACCAAGUACACCCCAAACUCCUCCACCUUGGCUCACGAUGACCAACAACACAGUGCAUGCAUCUGUUGAGGCGGAGACAGAAGCCGUGACCAAAGACCCUUCCACUGAACUGUCACCAUUCACCUUAAGCACUGACCAGACGUCAUUGGUUAACUUUAGCCCCUCCCAUCCUCGUCGCUCCACUAGGGCGGUGGCCACAAACUACACCCAACAGACAAACUCUCCAACAAGAGUUGGCACUACCAUUGGAAUAGAGGUCCUACCAGCCACUGAAGAGACUGUAGACUUCUUAUCCAAUCAGAUGUUGUAUGUGGUCAGAAGACUGAGUCCUUUCACGGACUACAAAUUUAGUGUGACGGCGAACAACAUCAUGGGAGAAGGACCUUCCACCCAAGUUACAGUAAAAACAACUGAACAGGUGCCCAGCUCAGUUCAGUUUGUGUCCUAUCAGAACAUAAGCUCCACCUCCAUCCGUGUCAGCUGGGAACCGCCUCUCAAUCCUAACGGCAAGAUAACUUAUUACACCGUGUAUGCACACAAUCUCUUUACCAACCAGGAAUUACAGGAAAUGACGAACACUACCAGCAUAGUGCUUACAGGUUUAGAGAAGUACAGCAGUUAUAAGUUGCGUGUGGCGGCGUCUACGGCUGCGGGGGAAAGUCCUCCGAGUGAGGAAGACUACAUCUUUAUCCUUACACUAGAGGAUGAGCCCGAUUCACCCCCACGGAAUCUGGCAGUGGUGAAAACCACGUCUUCCACCGUUACUCUCACUUGGUCACCACCGGAAGAACCCAACGGCAUCAUCCAACAGUAUGAAGUCUCGUACAGCAACAGCACGUAUGACAACACGAUCAACAGCACGUCACCGAGCAUCACGUUGCGUCAUCUGAAGCCCUACACGCACUACAAUGUGACGGUUCGUGCGUACACACAACACGGCCAUGGAGAUCAGAUCUCUGAUACUCUUCAGAUGCUGUCUGGGGAGGAUGUGCCUGGCAGUCCACCCUACGAUCUGAUCUAUGAGAGCAUCGGAUCCAGCGAGGUGAACGUCUCAUGGUCUCCACCGCUUCUCGCAAACGGUAUAAUCCUGUUUUACAACGUGGAUUACUGGAACGCCACACACUCUCUGAACCAAACCACAAAUGUCCCCUUUGCCGUCCUGUCUAACCUGAGGAAGUAUACACGUUACCGGGUCAGCGUGCAGGCUGCCACAUGGGUCGGCAUGGGAAACCAAACCAGUGAGAUUCUGAACAUCACCACACUGGAGGACGUACCAAGUGGUCCGGUCCACAACCUGACAGUGAAGGUCUUCAGCUCCACGGCGGUCGUGAUCAGUUGGGACCCUCCUCUGGAGCCCAACGGCAGAGUUUUCUACCUGCUGAACUUGGAGGAGGCGGGCACGACCCAUCCCUUUGUCAACCGCACGGUCAACGCCACCAUCUCCACCUCAACCACAGAAAAUAUUUACCUGUUCACCAAGCUCAGGAAAUAUUUCCCCUACAUCAUUAAAGUGACCCCAGCAACCGGCGCCGGGUCGGCCGUAAAUCACACCGCAAUGCUACACCUGCGAACUGCUGAAGAUGUUCCAGGCUCUCCUCCAUUACCAGGAGUGAGCAGAAAUCUCUCUUGUACCUCCAUUUAUGCGACGUGGUUCCCUCCAGUCGAGGCCAACGGAGAGAUCGUCAAUUAUGCCAUCGUGUUACAGGGCUCUGGGGCCGAAAACAGAAGCUUCACCCCUGAAACACAUGUUACACUGACAGAUCUCACUCCAUUUACUCCGUACAAUCUCUCGGUUGCCGCGGUAACCCGUCAGGGUGUCGGGCCCGCUGUGAUAAUCCCCUUGCAUACUGAUGAAGCAGGCCCAAUGUCCCCACCACGCAAUCUCAGUAUAUAUAACCACACAUCUGAUUCAGUGUGGCUUCUUUGGGAACCCAGUCUGGAACCCAACGGUGUCGUCCAACAUUACAGCUUCAGAAUACUGGAACUGAAAACAAACACCUUCAGAUACCAGAACACGUCAGAUGCGUCCACACAAGCAGAAGUGAACGGCUUCAGACCUCAUAAUUCAUACGAGAUCAGCGUGUCCACAUACACCAGAGCGGGAAACGGAGAGCAGUACAGUCUACCUGUCAUAUUCACCACCAAUGAGUCAGUUUCAGACGCAGUUGGGAAUCUGACCUGCUCUGGAUUGGAUUGGGAUUCAGUGUAUAUGGAAUGGGAACCUCCCAUUUAUCCAAACGGAGAGAUUCUGCACUACAUCAUCCGAUCUGAAGAUCAAGAGGAAGAAGCUCAUCCUUUCAUGCUCUCAAACACAUUGGUCCACACAUUCGCCGGUCUGUUACCCGAUACGUUUUAUAUUCUCAGUGUGGCUGCGGUUAAUUCAGCCGGAACUGGAGAGGAGGCGAACUGUACGGCACACACGCCACCAGAGUCAGUUCCUGGCCCCUCACAGUCACUGACCGUUACUGCCGUUUCCUCAGAUAGCGUCUCUCUGAUCUGGCAGCGUCCAGCUCGUGUUCCCGGUCUGUUACAGGGUUACAAUGUGGAGAUUCAGAGAUUGGCUAGAAACUGUGAGAUGAAGGGAGACGUGGAGUCCUGUGUGGAAAGUGAAGAUGUGGAGUGGGUUGAUGGAGAAACCAACGGAGUCACGCUCUCGUCUCUGCUUAAAUACAGAAAAUAUCGCAUCCGAGUGGUGGCUUUCACCAGGGCCGGACCAGGACAACCUUCAGACUGGAUCCACACGCGGACCCUCGCAGGAAACCCUGAUGCUCCUCCUGGUGCCAUCUCAGUGAUUCCUUCUGCCACUGGCUUAAAGGUGGAGUGGGAUGAGCCAUCGGUCAUCUCAGGGCCUACAUCAUAUCUCAUUGACAUCAAUGCUCUGGACGGUUCAGGAUAUAAUGUUACCUCAGUCCGAUAUUCAGAGGAGAUCCGGACGGUUGUUGUCGGAAACCUGACUGCAUUUACGCUGUACUCCGUUACUGUUACCGCAUUCACAGGGAACCUUUCUGACGCUCGCAGCAACGGCAAAGUAUCUAAACCCGUCCUCAUCAGAACCCUGGAAGUCGAGCCCAAAGAUCCCCCUAAAAAUGUGACCUUUACCGUGAAUCCAGAGGAAGUGACGCGCGUUUACUUGACGUUCUCUCCUCCCGAUGAGCCCAAUGGAAACAUCAGCGCGUACCACGCCGCCAUAUACCGCGACGGACGACUAGUUUUCAGUAUCGACAGCCUGCAGUUGGUCAGCAACCCCAAUAACACCAUGACGGCUGUUAUAGAAGGACUGAAGGGUGGAUUCAAUUACAGUAUACGGAUAGCAGCAGUGAAUGGUGCCGGUUUAGGUCCAAGUUCAGAAGUUCAGGUUACCACAGGUGUAAAAGCUCCGCCCAAGCCUACGAGGAGGCCACGAGCCGCUCUGAACAGUGCAGGUGCUGUCGUCACAACCGCUAAAACCAUUUCCAUUGAGAUGCCUACAUGUUUCUUCACCGAUAACCAUGGACCAAUCCAGAAAGUCCAGGUCAUUGUUUCUGAGCCAGCAGUGAUGGACUAUGGUAAUCUGUCAAACUGGAAGAGUGUUUUCCUCCAGCCUACCGCUCCGUACCUGACCGAUGAAGGCUUUCUGAAUCCUGCAUGCCCUAAUAAAUCUGAGCGCACGGUCACACAUGACAACACAUACAUCAUAGGAGCGGAUGAGGGCUGUUUGUCUGAAGAUGCUCAUACGCUGUGUAAUGGACCUCUUAAACCGAAAACAUAUUAUGUAUUUAAAUUCCGGGCAACAAAUAUUCGUGGACAGUACACAGAUUCUGAAUACUCAGAACGGGUCAGAACUGCAGGUGACCGCCUGUUGACUCGGGAUGAGCAGAUCAUUCUCGGGGUUCUGCUCUCGGUUUUCUUGGUUUUGUUUUUAAUUCUGAUUAUAUACUGCUCUGUGAGAAUCCACCGCAGGCAGAAGGAGGGUGGGACGUACUCUCCACGUGAGGCUGAGAUCUUUGAGACGAAGUUCAAGCUGGAUCAGCUGAUCUCCGUGGCUGACAUGGAGCUCAAAGAAGAGAAGAUCAACCGGCUGCUAAGUUACAGGAAAUCUCUCAGGCCAAUCAGUAAGAAAUCGUUUCUUCAACAUGUGGAGAGUCUUUGUGACAAUGACAAUGCCAAGUUUCAGGAGGAGUUUGCUGAAUUGCCAAAGUUUCUUCCGGAUUUGGCCACAUCAGACGCUGACCUGCCGUGGAAUCGCUCCAAAAAUCGCUUCACUAACAUUAAACCCUAUAACAAUAACAGAGUAAAGUUACUGUCUGAACCGGGAAUGCCGGGAUCUGACUACAUCAAUGCCAGUUUUGUCUCUGGUUAUCUGUGUCCGAAUGAGUUCAUAGCCACACAGGGUCCACUGCCCAGUACCGUGGCAGACUUCUGGAGGAUGAUUUGGGAGACGGGGACCAGAACUAUUGUCAUGCUCACACAAUGUUUCGAGAAGGGUCGGAUUCGCUGUCAUCAGUAUUGGCCGGAGGACAACAAACCCGUCACUGUGUUUGCUGAUAUAGUCAUCACUAAACUCACAGAGGACGUGCGACCUGAUUGGACAAUUCGAGCACUUCGAGUGGAGAGGCACGGUCACUAUAUGAUUGUUCAUCACUUUAACUACACAUCAUGGCCAGAACAUGGCGUUCCCGAGUCCAGCUCUACUCUCAUCCAGUUUGUCAAAGCGGUCCGCUCCAAUAGAAGCAAUGACAACACAACUAUAGUUGUCCACUGCAGCGCUGGUGUGGGAAGGACCGGUGUGUUUAUAGCUCUCGAUCACCUCAUUCAGCAUUUGAGGGAUCAUGACUUUGUGGAUAUUUACGGUCUGGUUGCAGAACUCCGCGGUGAGCGGAUGUGCAUGGUGCAAAACCUGGCCCAGUAUAUGUUUCUGCAUCAAAGCACUUUGGAUCUGCUGUCGGCUAAAGGGAACCCUCAGUCCAUCUGGUUCGUCAACUACUCCGCUCUGGAGAAGAUGGAUUCAUUAGAUGCCAUGGAAGGUGAUGUAGAAUUGGAGUGGGAGGAGACAACAAUGUAAUGUAAGGAAGCUUUGUUUCCUGUCAGCUGUUCAUCUGUGUCUGAUGGUUGUGAGGAGAACCUCAUGAAAGCCCCACAGACGCUGGGAAUCGGGGCCAAACAAAGAAUAUAAGAGGAAUUUAACAUUAUAUAACAUUCACACACAUUUCUUUUCCUCAUCUGAUCAGUGUCUUUGAUUCAUUUACAUCCAGCAGACAGUCUCAUCCAUCAAGGAUGUUCUUCUGUAUCUUCUGUAAUUCUUUUAUCUCUACCUACACUGUUUGAUAACUCCUACAUAUGGAGUCAAAGCAGUACAGACACAGAAAUUACCGGUCUGUUUUCAAAGAAAGUGAAAGAGUGGUUAUGAGUUUGGAGCUGGUAAACAUGAUGAUGCAGAUAUUAAGUCGGCUCUCAGGAGCAUCGUGUCUUCUGUUACACAGCUAUAAAGAAAUCCUGAUCGUGCUCUGUAGGGAUUUUAAUCAAAUGUAAGAAUUUUGUGCAGGAGAAAUAGUUUGACUGAAUAUUAAAUCUGAAAACUGAAGCAGCAAAUAUGUAAUAAUUGAUGACUGGACUAGAGAUGUUCAUUUUAACUGGUUAACUUUAAACCGAAGGUAAGAAUUAUGACCGAGAGGCUUCUGUGCCUAAAAAGCACAUUAUUUGGUGUAUUUGGUGUAAUGCAAUGUAAGGUUAAAAAAUUUAGUUUUUCACAUACCGUACAUUAUUGUUGCUCCUUUAUGCCCUGCAUUUCUGCAACGCAUUGUUUUCUACAAAACUCAUCGUUCAGCUAUCCAUCGCAUUGUGAUUGGCCGAAUACCUCAAGCGUGUGACGGAAAUGUUACGCCCCUUACCAUAUUUGGAAUAUCAGCUCCCAAAGCACAGCGUCUCCACGACAUGGCAGCAGCAAUGUCUUUGUUCUUUGCAUAUGCAUUUGGACUGCGUUAUACAAAUUCGGCGCUAAGCUGCGUGUCCUGUGUGACCCCCUUAAAGCAACACUAAAGAGUUUUUGCUCUUUGCUUCCCCUACAGGUUAAAAGCGUAAUUGUCCAUUACCACUGUCGUAAAUACUGCAGCAUAGCUGGCUCUGAUUGGAUUGUAGGUCUGCCAUAAAGCAAGUUUUUGUAGUUUUCACUCGAACUACAGGACCGCGACCCGACGGUUGGAAACUUCUUUUGUGCGGUUUUGGCCGAUAGAGGGCUGCAAAGCGAAUGUGAAAGUGCCGUUCACCCUGUUUCGAGUGGAUGAACUUUUUUGGAAACGUUAUUUUAAGGUAAAAAAAACUCUUUGGUGUUGCUUUAAGAAUGUAGCAAGGCCAUUAUACUGUACACAUACACGUUACAUACAAAUGAAAUAAUAUAGAUUAAUAUUAUCAGUAAAAAAUGCACAGUGCGUGUCGACACGUGCCUACAGACAUUUCGCCACUUUUCUAUUCUUAAUUUGUGUGAAUUGUCUCGUGAAAUCAUUUGUAGUGCAUAUGUGUCCGUGUUUGAGUAUGGUUUGGAAGCUGCACGGAUACGCACCUGUGUGCAAAACGUGUCCGCCUCUGUCUCCCGCGCAUCCGGACAGACCUUCGCUGAUCGCCUAUGUCCUAGACCCUGACCAUAAACAUCUCUCUUUUUGCAUAAACAGAGAAAGAAGACACAAAAGCAAAACUUUUUGAGAUGUGUCCUACUUUUCUCAACCAAUCAGAAUAAAGCAGCCCCAUGUUAAGUCUAUUUCAUGAAAUGUACAAGAAGAGGAUUGUAAUGAAUUUAGUUCCGAUUUAAAACACAAAGAAUGAAUGUUUAGAAAGCAAUUCUUACUCUUUUAUUCACCUUCAAUCAAAACAUGUUGUGAGUGUGAGAAUUAAAUGUGUGAUCCACGGUGAGAAAACAGCACUGAUCCUUUGUGUUUCUUGCUCUUUAUCACACACAAGUUUUAGCCUGGAGCUAUGAGGUUUAAAAUACAGCAUCAGACAGCACAUCGCUUAAGUUAAUGUUGCUCCGUCAUUUAUUUGAUAUUUGUUGAUAUUAUUGUGCUAGAUGAUGUGUCUGAGACAUGAAAAAUAAACACCUUUCAUUUCUUUUUGACUUUACAUGAAUGUGUAAAUAUUAACUUAAUAAACCUCAUCAUUUCACUAUUUUUGUUUUAUUUAUCUGUCUUCUCACAAACAUGUUGAAAAAUGACUUUGCUUUAUCAUAAAUUAUCCAGCCAAACUGUG